AUGCCUAGAACCCCCUCCUCCCACCCCUCGUCCGCCAUCCCUCUCACGUCCGUCCCGUCUGCCUCGGGCAGUGCUGGAGCACCUUCAACACGCCCAGCGGCGCUACAACCGCCUGAUCAGCUAUCCCCGACCAACUCCGCACGCGGAUCCAGCAGCGACCUCGUGCACCUAAGCAAGGAGACAUCGCGGCAGGGGACCCCUUUCAGCGACCUCCCCGACCCAGACACCUACCAGCACAGCACGAGGGACCGAUCACACGGAGAGAGGGAAUCAGGCGAAGAGUCCAGUUCUUUUGAUCUAGCUUCCGACCCCAACAACGAUAUGCCUUCAGACCUCCGACCAUCCCUCGAAAUGGAGCACAAAAGCACACAUCACCAGCCGCUGCUGUCGGGCAACAAGGCGCGGCAGUCUUACGAUUCGGAGGCGAGACCUGGGUUUUCGUCUUCGAGGAGAGGGAGCAGGUUUCAUGAAACAGAUCCGCAGGCAGAAGCUGCGAAGGCGACGCGGAAGAGAUAUACGUAUGCGGGAGCGUUUUUGCUGGUGAGCUUGGUGAGCUUUGCGAUACAGACGGAGACGGCGGUGUAUGUGCAGCAUAAUCUGCAUUGGAAUAAGGCGUAUUGCAUGCUCUACUUCACCCACGGCUCCUGGUCGGUCCUCUACCCAAUAUCCCUCCUCGCUCUCCGAUUACAGAAAUGGCAACAGCCUUGGCCGCAGUUUUGGCGGCGACAUGUAACGAUGCUCCGGCAGACGGCACAGAUGGUCGAGCACCGCACCCUCCACGUCCCACCUCAUCUCCAAAAGAAGUCUCCAGUGCCUUACUUCCUCUACACGACCGCAUACGUCACAUGUGCCUUGACUGUCGCAGGCGGCAGCUGGUAUGUCGCGGUCAAUCUCACCACGGCUUCCGACUUGACGGCUAUCUACAACUGCUCCGCCUUCUUCGCUUAUGCCUUCGCGGUGCCGAUGCUGCAUGAGCGAGUGAUGUGGAGCAAGAUUGUCGCCGUCGGAGUGGCAAUCUUGGGCGUGCUGAUCGUAGCAUACGGCGACCAAGGCGGCAGCGCGAAGCACGGCAGCAAAUCUGGCGGUGGAGCCGGCGGACCAGAUGCACCGGACGACAGCGAAGCGAACAACCGCUUCGCCGGGAACCUCGUCAUCGGCGUGGGAAGUGUGCUGUACGGAUUCUACGAAGUGCUGUACAAGAAAGUCGCCUGCCCUCCUGACGGCACUGCGCCAGGCCGCGGCGUGGUCUUUGCGAACCUCUUCGGCACGCUCAUCGGCGUCUUCACCCUCAGCGUCCUCUGGAUCCCACUUCCAAUCCUCCACAUCAUGGGCUGGGAAACCUUUGAGCUGCCUCGCGGUGAAGCAGCCUGGAUGCUGCUGAUCUCCGUCUUCGCGAACGCAACCUUCUCCGGCUCUUUCCUGGUCCUGAUCUCGCUCACCAGUCCGGUGCUGAGCAGCGUGGCAGCGCUUCUGACGAUCUUCCUUGUCGCGUUAUGUGACGAGAUGCUACCACCGCCACUGUACAAUCCCAUCACCGCGGCGGCUAUGGUCGGAGGGCUCAUGAUCAUCUUUGCUUUCUUGCUGCUCAGUUGGUCGACGUAUAGGGAGAUGCAGGAGGAGAGUGAGAAGCAUGCUGAUGAGCGGGUGGAGGGGAGUGACGAGGACUUAUAA